UGCCGGUGCUGCCCCUACGCCUGGCCAGCUCAGGUUCUCCAGUCACAGCAGCCCAGUCCUCCAAAGCUGCUGGACCCCAGGGAGAGCUGACCACCAACUGAGCGCCUGGUCAAAUCCAUCUGCACCAUGCCGCUCUCCGGAACCCCAGCCCCUAACAAGAGGAGGAAAUCCAGCAAACUGAUCAUGGAACUCACUGGAGGUGGACGGGAGAGCUCCGGCCUGAACCUGGGGAAGAAGAUCAGUGUCCCAAGGGAUGUGAUGCUGGAGGAGCUAUCGCUGCUCACCAACCGAGGCUCAAAGAUGUUCAAGCUGCGGCAGAUGCGGGUGGAGAAGUUUAUCUAUGAGAACCACCCCGAUGUCUUCUCUGACAGCUCCAUGGAUCACUUCCAGAAGUUUCUUCCCACAGUGGGAGGACAGCUGGAGACAGCUGGUCAGGGGUUCUCCUAUGGCAAGGGCAGCAGCGGAGGCCAGGCUGGGGGCAGUGGCUCUGCUGGACAGUAUGGCUCUGAACACCACCAUCAGCAAGGCUCUGGGUUCGGAGCUGGGGGUGCAGGCAGUUCUGGGGGCCAGGCUGGCAGAGGAGGAGCUCCUGGCACAGCAGGGGCUGGAGAGCCAGGAUCAGGUGACCAGGCAGGUGGAGAAGGAAAACAUAUCACUGUGUUCAAGACUUAUAUUUCCCCAUGGGAUCGGGCUAUGGGGGUUGACCCUCAGCAAAAAGUGGAAUUUGGCAUUGACCUGUUGGCAUAUGGGGCCAAAGCUGAACUCCCCAAAUACAAGUCCUUCAACAGGACAGCAAUGCCCUAUGGUGGAUAUGAGAAGGCCUCCAAACGUAUGACCUUCCAGAUGCCCAAGUUUGACCUGGGGCCUCUGCUGAGUGAACCCCUGGUUCUCUACAACCAGAACCUCUCCAACAGGCCUUCUUUCAAUCGAACCCCUAUUCCCUGGUUGAGUUCUGGGGAGCCUGUAGACUACAAUGUGGAUAUUGGUAUCCCCUUGGAUGGAGAGACAGAGGAGCUGUGACAUGUUUCCUCCUAUGUUGUGUGAUCUCCCCUCUCUGGUUCCAAUUUGAGAGGGGAUGCUGGACAGGAUGCCCCAGCUGUUAUUCCAGCAUCCUUGUGGCAAUGGGGGGAGGGUAAAGAGUGGGAGCUAUUGCCUUCCCACCAUUCAAGUUCCCACUCCAAAGCACCCCUCACCAGCUCAGGGCUCCCAUCCUGCUGUUCCAUGUGGAAUCUGCUCUUUUAUGGAAUUUUCUCUGCCACCACUAACAGUCAAUAAACUUCACGGAAAUGAAUUCAUUGUUC